GCGACAGGGAUGGUGAAGACCAGGAUCCAGGAAAGGAGGCAGACCAGAGAGUGGAUAAUGACCAGAGGAGGAUAUCCCAGCAAGAGCCAUACAUAAGUGGAGGGACGACACUAAAAACAAAGAGUGACUGUCCAGUGCACCAAAGAUGCUCAAUUCAUUUUGGUCGUGGCCAGAGAUGCCACCUUACCCCACAUAGACAUCGAGAGUGUUUCACUGUUGGCAGACGGUCCUGGUUGCACACGAGUUGACUCCAAUUCUGGUUUUUCCAUAUAUCAGUUUCCUGUGGCUGCUUGUGGGUCCGUCGUUACGGAGGAGGCUGGUAAAAUUAUCUAUGAGAAUAGGAUGACCUCCUCAUAUGAAGUUGCUGUGGGGCCUCUGGGUGUCAUAACCAGGGACAGCAGCUAUGAUUUACUCUUCCAGUGUAGAUACACAGCCACUUCGGUGGAGACUCUUAUUGCAGAAACUCUGUCAUUGCAGAGUCCUCCUUUAUCAGUGGCCGGUCUGGGUCCCAUUAAUGUGCAACUGAGGUUGGGUAAUGGGCAAUGCCAUUCGAAGGGUUGUCAUGAAGCGGAAGUGGCUUAUAACUCUUUCUACACGGAGGCCGACUAUCCUGUGAGAAAAGUCUUAAGAGACAACGUGUACGUGGCGGUUCAACUCAUGGACAGGACCGAUCCCAAUCUCAUUCUCGCCCUCGGCCGCUGUUGGACCACCACCAGUGCCAAUCCUCACUCACUGCCGCAGUGGGACAUUCUGAUCAAUGGGUGUCCAAACAUUGACGAUCGCUACGCAGCUACCCUGGUUCCUGUUGGUCCUGGCUCUGGUGUCGACUUCCCAAGUCACCACAAGCGCUUCAUUUUCAAAAUGUUUACCUUCGUAGAUUCAAGUUCCUUACAACCCCAGAGUGAACACGUGUAUAUUCACUGUAGCACGGCUGUAUGCAACGCAGCUUCUGGCAAUUCCUGUGAGCCCAUGUGCUACAGGAGAAAGAGAGAUGUAACAUCUGUGACCCAGACAAAGGAGGAGUCAAGGAUUGUGGUCUCCGCUGGACCUCUGGUCAUGCACACAUCCUGAACAGCAUCUGGCAGAGACCACGUUUUUGCCAGAACAGUUUCACGGCAUUUGCGACCACAACACAACAAGUUGAUUAGUGGCGUGGAAUAAACAGCCGAGUAUGAAAUUGUAACGGCUGGAAAAGAACACUAAGGACGCUGAACUCUCCAAACAACUUUUAGUUUUCAUUAUUGUUUUUUUACAUAAUUUCAGUAUUCAGUAGGAUUUCAUUUUGAUUUUGAAAAUCCUCCACAAGCUGACACUUUUGAACGUUUCAACUUUAAAAGCAUUGUGACACAGAGUGAGAGCAUAAUAUUUCAUUUAAAGAAACCCUCUAAGUAGUUUUUUUCCACAUUGUGGCAGUGGUAAACUUAAAUGUAUUCCAUUAUAAU